GCGAGGCCGCGCGCAGGCGGGUCCCGCGUUGCCCCGCGGGAGGGGCCGAGCCAGUGUUCCUCCUCCCUACCGGUCCCCAUCCUUAAAGCACGAGCCCGGACGCCCCGCCCGUUGGAGACGGCGUCUGGAUCUGGACAGCGAGCGGCCGGGGCGGGCCACGGCCGACCGAGGAGGGCCUGAGGCAACGGACCCGCCGCCGCUGGCACACGAGCCUCUCGGCCCCGACUGAGUGGUUGCGGGAGCUGUGAGGGAAGGGGUCGCGGGCGCCAUUGCUGCCCGUCAGAACGCCGCAGGGUCCCCGUCAGCCCUCGGCUGCUCUACCCCGGCUGGGAGGAGCCGUCGCCAGUCCCCGGCCCGGUCUCGUGAAUCGGGUGCCUCGUCUGCCGCCCGCGCCGAGACCAUGUUUGACAAGACGCGGCUGCCGUACGUGGCCCUCGAUGUGCUCUGCGUGUUGCUGGCUGGAUUGCCUUUUGCAAUUCUUACUUCAAGGCAUACCCCUUUCCAACGAGGAUUAUUCUGUAAUGAUGAGUCCAUCAAGUACCCUUACAAAGAAGACACCAUACCUUAUCCGUUAUUAGGUGGAAUAAUCAUUCCAUUCAGUAUUAUCGUUAUGAUUGUUGGAGAAACCCUAUCUGUUUACUUUAACCUCUUGCACUCGAAUUCCUUUAUCAGGAAUAACUACAUAGCCACUAUUUACAAAGCCAUUGGAACAUUUUUAUUUGGUGCAGCUGCUAGUCAGUCCCUGACUGAUAUUGCCAAGUAUUCGAUAGGCAGACUGCGGCCUCACUUCUUGGAUGUUUGUGACCCAGACUGGUCAAAAAUCAACUGCAGUGAUGGCUACAUUGAAAACUACAUAUGUCGAGGGAAUGCACAAAAAGUGAAGGAGGGCAGAUUGUCCUUUUACUCGGGCCACUCUUCGUUCUCCAUGUACUGCAUGAUGUUCGUGGCACUUUAUCUUCAAGCCAGGAUGAAGGGAGACUGGGCAAGACUCUUACGCCCUACACUGCAAUUUGGUCUUGUUGCUGCGUCCAUUUAUGUGGGCCUUUCUCGAGUUUCUGAUUACAAACACCACUGGAGUGAUGUGUUGACCGGACUCAUUCAAGGAGCUCUGGUUGCAGUAUUAGUUGCUGUAUAUGUAUCAGAUUUCUUCAAGGAGAGAAAUUCUCCUUUUAAAGAAAGAAAAGAAGAGGACUCUCAUACAACUCUGCAUGAAACACCAACGACAGGGAAUCACUAUCGGAACACUCACCAACCUUGAAGGUGGCAGAGUGCCCAGAUGAAGCUGGCCUGCUUUCUAAAGGAAAAUGAUUGCAACCAGAAGGCAAGAGGAUGCGUCCUUCUUCCCAGUAUACAAGCCUUUAAGGGGACUGCUGCUACUGUAACUCUUGGAUGCCCACUUUACCUGUGUGUAUAUAGUUACAUUUAACACAAUGGUUAUCUAAUAGCUCUAAGUUCAUUACAAAAAAUUUCAAGCCUUUCACUAAAACAAAUGCCCCACCUGUACAUUUUUUUAUUAAAAAAAUGUAAUGCUUAUGUACAACUGUGUAUGUAAUAUGCUUUCUUAGAAUGAUGCUUGAUUUAAAUAUAAUACAUCAGACAGGUGGUGAACAAUUUAAAAUCCCACAUUCCUUUAGCUGACUCUUUAUAGGUAGAGGCUGGCAGCAAACACAAUAUCUCUCUUGAUUUUGGUGAUUCCUAAGAGAAAAGAAAAUACAGUUUAAAUUCUCAAGACCACAAAGAAUGUAAUUCUUCUCCCCUGGGGUUUUGAAGACAGCACAACAAUCCUGAUUAAAUUUGGUGAGAGGGCAAGCCUGGAAAAUACAAAACCUUGCUUGCCUGAAGGACACCUAGAGGAGUUCACAGCCACCUCUGAGACAUGGGAAACUUAGAAACCAGACCCCUGUUCUCAUGACUCUUGAAUCUAAAGUACCCCGUGCGUGCGGGGGUGUCUAAAAUUAUUCAGAAAGACCAGACCAGAGGGACUAAGCUGUCCAAGAAGUUAGUUGACCCAAAAGCAUGAAUUUUUCAGCCUGCAUGGAAGGCACUAUAUUUCAGUUACCAUGUGAAAUUCUUUCUGGACUAAGGACAAACACAUUUUAUCAUAUAGAAGUUUACAAAACUAGACUUAACCCUGGAGUGAUUAAAUAGGUCUGCCUCUCUUUAACAAUGUUGAAGAUAUAAGCAGCUUUCAUAAGCUUCUUCUUAAGGCGCUGAGUUGCCAGCAGAAUCACCAGGUUUGACUGUGAGCAGCUGGUAACUCAGAGCAACUAUGUGGCUGCUCUUCUUUGAUGUUUUAACUCAUAGUCCUUUCUCUUGGCCAGCAUUCAGAUGGAAUGAAUGAAAUUAUUUGCAAGCAUGUAUGCCUCUCCCCAUUACUACCACCUUGGUCUAGCCAUUCUUUCCUGAUCUGGUCUUCCUGCUUCCACCUUGCUAAUCUACAGACUUGCCUGUGAUGCAACAGCAAGAACUGCCUUGUGAAACCCAAGUCAGAGCACAUCACUCCUGUGUUCAAAACCUCCAAUCAUUUCAGAGGAAAAAGCUGAGGGCUGGGAGCUACAUGACCAUUUCUUUUCUUCCUCCAACCCCUACUAUUCUACUCAUUGUUCAGCUGUGCUCCAUCCACUGUGGCCUCUUGUUGUUGCUUAAGUAUAUCAAGUGUCUAUGAAGGACCUAAAUGCCACCUUCUGAGUAGGGGACCCUAGGCCAUCGUAUCCAUCCUCCAAUUCCCUACUGUCUCUUCGUUUUUAUUGCUACCUGAUAUAUUUUAAUUGUUGACUUGUUUACUGUCCACCUCCCUGCACUAGAAUGUGAGCCCCAUUAAGGCAGGGGUUUGUAUCUUUUUUGUUCACUGCUGUAUUCCCUGGUGCUUAAAACAAUGUCUGGCACACAAUAAGUGCACAAUAAAUAUUUUGAGAUUUUA